AUGUCGUUGAGGUCGAAGGCCCUGGCACUAGUAGAGGUGCUACUGAGGGUGCCGCCUCUGUUUGUGGUGGAUGAGUUCCUGAAGAUCAGUUUGGGACUGCCGGUGUCGAGUGGUGAGGAGGUGGCCAUCCUAAGCAAUAUCACUGUGGACCACGUCGAUAUCACAGAUUCAGAAGCAAAUUAUUACGACGCGAAUUUCUACAACGCAUUCUUCUUCACGCUCCUCAAGUUUUUCGUGUGCUGUAUAGGAUGUAUGUCGGCACUCUGCAUAUUCGUGCUGUACACGAAGCACUUGAUCAUCGUGUACCUCUACCUGACGUCAGUCGGCCUAGUCUUCGUAUCGUACUGGACCAACGUUUCGGCCAUCAAGCAGAUCCAAGCCCUUACACUAGUCACCACCUCCCCGCAUCACUCCACCAGCAUAUUAGAAGACAUAUUAAAUUUAAAUAUAAAAAACCUUCUUGAUCUCGACGGACCAGGUAUCCUGGUCAUACAAAACUUUGCCAUACAGUUCAUGUUGGCAGCAAUAUUUAAAUAUAUUCAUUUAGGGCCUCGGCACCCUACAGUACAGAAGCUGCUGCCUCUCAGCUUCAUGGCACCCUCGUUUUUAGCGAUGUUGCCAGUUCCACCGAAUCUUCUACACCAUUCGCCGGUAUUCUCUGCGCUGUUGCCACUUUUUCUUGUUAAAUACGCCCUCUGGUCGUCAGCGUACAACGUUAUUCAAGUAGUGUACGCGGGCUACCACCAUGGGCGCUUAUUUGUUAGCAACUAUGGACUGUCGGCGCUAGUUGAAACUGAAUGGAUGCGUUUAAACGUUCCUUGUGUAUUGAGAGUGUUCUGGGUGCUACGCGUCGCGGAACAUGCCAUAUUACUUCUCAUGGACAACUAUGAUGACGAAGCCGAGGAAGGUUUAAAGGUUUCCACUUUAUUAGCCGUCCAAUCAUUAGCGUCAAUGACGAAAUCUUUAUUAGUAACAGGAUGCGAGACGAUAACCGCCGUGUUGGGUAUGACGUCAGUGAUCUCAUUCUUUUGCCACUACAUCGGGAACUUCUUCCAGUGGAUACUAUUGACAGAUGAAGAAGAGGAUAAAAGUAUAGGGACAGUAUCCGCAAUCCUUUUCUAUAUUCUCGCUUUACAAACGGGAUUAACUUCACUGAAUCCGGAGAAGAGGUUCAUUCGACUGUGCAGAAACUUUUGCCUGCUAUUCACAGCUCUCUUACACUUUUUACACAACAUUGUGAAUCCUAUGCUAAUGUCGCUGAGCGCGUCACACAACCCAAGCACGCACAGACACGUCCGUGCUUUGGGUGUGUGUGCCUUUCUUAUUAUAUUUCCAAUAUCUCUACUGGUGUAUCUGUGGUCUCAGCACACGAUCUCCACGUGGCUGCUUGCUGUAAGCGCAUUUAGUAUAGAAGUCAUAGUGAAAGUUAUAGUGAGCCUAAUGAUAUAUUCCCUGUUUCUUAUAGACGCGUAUAGAAGUACAUUUUGGGAACAACUUGACGACUACGUAUAUUAUAUUCGCGCGUUCGGAAACACUAUAGAAUUUUGCUUUGGGAUAUUCUUAUUUUUCAAUGGCGCGUGGAUCUUGCUGUUCGAAUCCGGAGGGGCUAUUCGAGCCGUAAUGAUGUGUAUACACGCUUAUUUCAAUAUAUGGUGCGAAGCUCGAGCAGGCUGGUCCGUGUUCAUGAAGCGACGCACGGCUGUUAAUAAGAUCAAUUCAUUACGUGAAGCCUCCCCGGACCAAUUGAACAGACUGGACGACGUUUGCGCAAUAUGCUACCAAGAGAUGCAUUCCGCUAAAAUAACUUGCUGUAACCAUUAUUUCCACGGAGUUUGUCUUCGGAAAUGGCUGUACGUGCAAGAUAGAUGUCCUUUAUGUCACGACAUACUGUACAAGAUAGACAAUGACAUCAAUAAAGACAACAAUUCGGAAACAGGUAACGAAGAGAACAGCAACAAUCAGAACCUGUUGCUCGAGGAAGACCCCGAGUUGUUGCUGGGGGAGGGUGUCAGAUGA